AUGCAGUUUAUGACUCCUCUGGGAGGAUCUAUUGUUGUCCAUUUUCCUUUUUCCUUAUCUGUUGUUCGUUCCUCUGGCUCCUUCUUGGUUUCUCUGCUUUUCCGUCCUUCGACGUAUUUGUCUAAGAGCCCUUGCCGAGCUAACCUUUCUAACAGGUCCUUGGCUAUCACACAUUCGUCCAUUGUGGACGUUGGGGUCCAAAUCCAGAAUCUGGAAGCGGGUAACAUAAUGCUAGACUCUGAUUUCAAUGCACGCCGGGACUUUGGUUUGGCACGCGCAAUUGAGAAUGAGAGAACCUCGUACGCAGAGUUGGAAGGAGUGGCAGGCACAAGGGGAUACAUUGCACCAGAGUGCUUGCAUACAGGCAAAGCCACGCGUGACUCCGAUGUGUACGAAUUGGGGGUUGUGUUGCUUGAAGUGGUGUGUGGUGAGCGAGCAUGGGCAAGGAUUGAGGGAUACAACUUGUUGGUGGAUUGGGUUUGGUACCUGUAUCGUGAAGGAAGGUUACUGGAUGCAGUAGAUCCCCGACUUGGGAAUCAUUAUGUGGGUGAAGAAGUAGAGAUGAUGCUGAAAUUAGGGCUGGCAUGCUCUCAUCUCAUUGCGAAUGAGAGGCCUAAGAUGCAAGAAAUAGUUCAGAUUAUAUCUGGGUUAAUGCCUGUUCCUUAUAUCCCUCUCUUCAAGCCCGCGUUUGUGUGGCCAGUGUUAAAUAAUACACUCACACCUGCCACUAUUGAUUACACACCUAUUAACACAGCCUUUUUUGCACGUUGA